AUGCGUAAGCGAAGUUCCUCAACAGCUGUUGAAAAGACCUUCCUCACUAGCUACAUAAUGGGAGUAAAUUAUAUAAUUAGAAGCCCAUUGCUGGGUAAUUAGUCCAUUCCUCGAAUAAACUUUAUUAUUCUUGUUUUGUUAUUCUCCCAGCACGACAACAUGAAUUUACUUCAUAAAGUAAAGGAUUUUAAGCGUACGCUUGGGUGAAUUAUUGAUAUUGCCGCCUGUCCUUUAGAGAUAUCUCACUAAUUCUCUGCAUAUUCCCCCCCCAACAGCUUGCCCUGUGGUUCGCGCCUUGUUUCUUCCCUUCUUCUCAGUCGGACAAACGUUCCGCCGGACAUGCCCUCCUUGAGUUUCUCCUCUCACACUCGCGGGGUUUAGAUCUCAUCAGACCUCCCUCCUGUCCUCUGGUCAGCGAGGUUAGUUUUCCCCGUCUGUCAUUAUUAUCACCCAGUCAUUAUCUUGCGAGUUCAUCGUAUCUACUGCGUAAAUAUGAAUAACCUUUUUGUACAUUCGUUUCAUUGGGACUGUACAGUUUGGCAGCCAGACGCCACUAACGUACGUGGGCAAAAAACCGUCAUUCCACCUCUCGCAGGGGUCACAUCAAGAGCUUGCAAGAGCUCAAAGCUCGAGUCCCGGGGUUAACGACGACAACGACAAAAACAUCGCAAAAAUCAAUACACAAGUGCAUCGUCUUACUACCUCUGUCUCUGGGCUUCGCGCUGUCUCCUCCCAGGCCGAUCUCUAUCAUGUCUCAACAGGAGACUCCUCCCUGCCCAUCUGCCGCCGCCUCCACUACGGCGAGAAUGAUGUCUUCGAGGCUACUACUACUCCCUCAGACCUGA